CGAACGAACGCUCUCGCUCGUUGAAUUGGUAUUUGUGAAUUUUUCAGUGUAAUACCUACAUUUUCGAAAUAUUUUUUUCUUUCAAUGCUAAGAAGUGUCAGUCUAUAUGUGUAAUAAAUGUGUACAAUUACCGUCACGGCAAUGGAUUGGAUUAUAUUAACAAUAAUGGAGCUAUCGCGCCUAGUAACAUCGCAAGCGCUCACUGCCUUCCGACUGCGAUGACCAAGCGACGACAGCGGGAAUCAUGAUCGCCAAUUUACCGCUUCUUUUUGCCAGUGGCAAUCCGACAGCGCUAUCGAAAAUUAGUGCUAAACAGCUGGAGAAGUUUAUUACUUUUAUGGUGACAUGUUCCUGGGGUCAUGACACUGCCAAAGAUAUUCGCCAGCCUCCAUGGUGGCCGAAAGAUGUGACAUUUUCCCACCCUUUUGUCAGACCAAUAGAGGUCCCCAAAGACUGGGAGGCAAGGUUGAAGAACCUUGUAAAGAGAUGCUACGAAUUCCACAAAAGUUCAUUUUUGCUGGUGUUUUCAGCUCAACUGGCACGCUACCCACGCAACAGGCUCAGGUAUGUUGACAACCGCGAUCAUACUACGUCUCUCUAUUAUCGUCCGAGUGGUCGGCUUCUUGUCACAUUCAGAAAUGAGAAUAUCAACUAUGACAGAGAUGUACCGAUAGACUUGGAGGAUUCACCUCACCAACUGCCACCGCCGCCUGCUGAUAUAUAUUUGUGUGACAGUUGUGACAAUCACUUUGAUAGUUUAGAAUUAUUAACAGCACACGAGAGGCUUUGUAAUAUUGAAAAUGCAGGAUCUAAUGGCGGAGGUCUUCCUGAGUUUCUUUCUGCCUUAAAGCUACAACCUAUUGGUAGUCAAUCACAAGCAUUGAAUCCUAAAAACUGUCAAAAUGAAAUCAAGCCCAGGAAUGCAAGAAGUGCAGCCAACAUUGACAGGGGGCCUCCAUAUCCAUUCUCAUCUUUAGCUUAUAUGAGAAAUGCCAAGUCAAACAUACAGAGAGAUACCAGCUAUUCGAGGGAAAGAAUAGAGAGGUACUGCAGUGCCCCAUUCCCUGUUAAUAAAACCUUAGUUAGUAAAACUAGGAAUCAACAGUUCCCGGUACGGUACAGAAGACCAAUUGAUUACUGGUACAGGCGACACACAUUUCCAAAUCAGAGAAACAAACGGAUUCUAGAUCUGAAAGGUCAAUUGUUGCUAUUAAAAUGCCGCCCAGUUUCAGUAGACAUUGAGCUGAUGACAGAAAAAGGAGUACAGGACUACAUUGAGAAUUUGAAGCAGGAGGCAGAGAGAAGAAGAGUUGCGGCCGAGAAGGACGUUAUAUAUGUGGAUGGAUUAGAGUAUAGUGACCUCACGUCAGCAAGUGAAACGAAAGAUCCCCUGAAUAGGUUAGAGGAGUGUGAGGUUAUUGAUCUUUGUUCUGAUGAUGAAGGAGGAAGUGUGAAUGAGAACUGUGAUCCCCGUGCUGGGAUAGCUUGUGUGAUGCGUGGUGGUGCAGUGCUUCGACGAGCAGUGCCUCCAGCCACGCCUCGUCAGUUGCCUGCAGAACCGUGUGGUGCUCGUCACCGCCCGCUGCCAGUGGAGACCUGUGGUAUCCGUCAUCGCCCAUUGCCAGGGGCUGUUCUACAACCGCACCCUGUCAUUCUCAUUGCGCACACACUAAACCAUUUACAGACUAUAUCUCUAGAGUGAUUCUGAGCAAUUUGCCCAUAAUAGGUAUGUUACUGAUUAUUUAUUAUUCCUUAAUUAUUAAAAAUUUUAAUGUUCUGUGUAUGUUUCAUUUUCUUGGGGUUGCACUAACAAAGGGGGAUGACAUGCAAUCCUAUAUUGCUAUGUAUAUUUUUCUUUUAAGAAUAUUUAUGAACUAUUCCCAUUAAUCAUCAUUUUGGUAUCUUAUAGUUUAACAGAUAUUAAAACAACAGCUAUGGAUUUCUAGUGGUAAAUUUUCUGGACACAGUUACAGCUAAGCAGAUUUAAGUAUAAUAUAUUAAAAUAUAUAGUAGGAGAGCUAGCUACGUCACGAAAAAGUUCAUUUUAGGAUGGCUAAUUUUUGUAUAAUUCCCAAAAUUUCUCAAAAUUUCUCCGAAUCUUCAGAAUAUUUCCAAUUUUUUACACUUUUUGAGGCAAUUGAGAGAAAAAAUGGGUUAUCUCCGAAAAAAUGGGAAUACGAUUUUCUCCCGUAUUUUUCGAGCUUCGAUGUACUUACUACUGCAGUUAUAUUGAACUUUUCUAUUAAAAAACACGAGACAACAAAAUACAAGCGUUUACACUCGUGUAGGCGACGCCAUGUUGAAAAUAGCAGCUGUGGCUAUACUUCUCUCCCUCUACCGCUCUCUGUCUCAGCUAUCUCUCUCACACAACCGACGAAUUAGUUUCCGCACCCUUAACUCACCUAUUCUCCCCGAAACUUAAAUUAAUUUAAAUUCUCAUUAAGCAACAGAAUUUCUGUCUGGUAUAUUUUUAUCAUAUUUCUUUAUUGCUGAACGAC